AGUAGUAGUAGUAGUAGUAGUAGUAGUAGUAGUAGUAGUGGUAGUAGUAGUGGUAGUAGUAGCAGUAGUAGUAGUAGCAGUAGUAGUAGUAAUAGCAGCAGCAGCAGUAGUAGCAGUAGCAGUAGCAGUAGUAGUAGUAGCAGUAGCAGUAGUAGUAGUAGUAGUAGUAGUAGUAGUAGUAGUAAUAGUAGUGGUAGUAGUAGUAGUAGUAGUAGUAGUAGUAGUAGUAGUAGUAGUAGUAGUAGUGGUAGUAGUAGUGGUAGUAGUAGCAGUAGUAGUAGUAGUAGUAGUAGUAGUAGUAGUAGUAGUAGUAGUAAUAGUAGUGGUAGUAGUAGUAGUAGUAGUAGUAGUAGUAGUAGUAGUAGUAGUAGUAGUAGUAGUGGUAGUAGUAGUGGUAGUAGUAGCAGUAGUAGUAGUAGUAGUAGUAGUAAUAGCAGCAGCAGGAGUAGUAGCAGUAGUAGUAGUAGUAGUAGUAGUAGUAGUAGUAGUAGUAGUAGUAGCAGCAGCAGUAGUAGUGGUGGUAGUAGUAAUAGCAGCAGCAGCAGUAGUAGUAGUAAUAGCAGCAGUAGUAGCAGCAGUAAAAUCAGCAGCGGGAGUACUAGCAGCAGCAGCAGAAGCAGUAGUAGUAGUAGUAGUAGUAGUAGUAGUAACAGCAGCAGCAGUAGUAGUAGUAACAGCAGCAGCAGUAGUAGUAGUAGUAAUAGCAGCAGCAGUAGUAGUAGUAAUAGC